GGUCACAUGCACACCCAUCCAUGUAUGGGACCUAAUAUAUAGUGAAUGAGAGGAAACAGUAUCCAGAGGAGGGAUCAAGCGAUCACACACACAAGGAUACUUUAAAGGACUAAGCCACACAAUUAUUAUGGCGUCAGCACUAAUGCUGGUGUUUUUAACUGCUCUUCCUGGGGUCCUCUGCUACCAAUCCUCAUUCAUUGAUCUGGAAGCUAAAGGAAGUAACAAGUCCUCUAUCGGAUUCCUGGUUUUGGGGGACUGGGGUGGGCUGCCAUACCCUCCCUAUAUUACCCCUAUAGAGAAGGCCACUGCUCGUAUGAUGGCCAAAACUGCUUCUCAGAUGGGCGCAGACUUCAUUUUAGCAGUUGGUGACAACUUCUACUAUAAGGGCGUCACUGAUGUCAAUGACCCUAGAUUCCAGGUCACAUUUGAAGAUGUCUACAAUCAGGACUCUCUUAAUAUUCCGUGGUACGUCAUUGCUGGCAAUCACGACCAUGUAGGAAACGUCCUUGCACAAAUUGAGUACAGCCAGAAGUCAAAGAGAUGGAACUUCCCCUACUAUUAUUAUGAGCUGAAUUUCCGCAUUCCUCAAACGGACAGCACUCUGACCAUCAUAAUGCUGGACACUGUGUUGCUGUGCGGAAACUCUGAUGACUUCCUUGACCAGCAGCCCAAGGCACCCCGAAGUGGUGUUCAGGCCAACAGACAGCUGCUGUGGCUUCAGGAACGCUUGGCAAAGUCUAAGGCUGAUUAUCUCCUGGUGGCUGGCCAUUAUCCGGUAUGGUCCAUAUCCGCGCAUGGGCCAACUGACUGUCUGCUGAAGAACUUGAGACCACUGCUCAAGAAGUACAGGGCUACUGCUUAUCUGUGUGGCCAUGAUCACAAUCUACAAUACAUCAAGGAGUCUGGUAUUGGUUAUGUGGUCAGUGGAGCUGGUAACUUUAUGGAUCCUGACAUGCGGCACCGCAACAAGGUUCCUAAAGACUACCUCCAGUUCUUCAGUGGUGAUGCCGGCACCUUGGGAGGCUUUGCCCAUGUGGAGGUUAACAAGAAUGAGAUGACUGUUACUUUUAUCCAGGCUAGAGGAACCUCUCUUUAUAGGGCUGUUCUUAAAAAGCGUGGUCUCUUCAGAGAAGAUGACAAUGUUUGAAUUUCUUAUCUAGUUUUAAUGUGACUUUUGGAUUAGAGUAGAGUUUUAAAUGGUAAGUUAUGUUUUGAGAAUCUGUAAGUGUUUUAAACAUGAUUAUUAAAUUACUACUUUUAAA